UUCCUACUCGAAUAUUUCAGAUACUUCUUACGUGUAUCUAUUUUAACCUAUGCAGCAGUUAAACGCUUCAGUAUUUUUUAAAAGAAGGAUCAGUACGUGUGAAUAGCAAUUCAGUUAAACAUUUAACGAUUAAACAUUUUCGUCCGCAAGAAUAUUAUUAUGGAGUCUAUGAUAUUCUUAAAAUGGUCAUAUUCUCAGGAAAAAGUCCGUUGAUACCGAUAUCUAUGGGAAUGUUACAUUUCUCAAAGAUAUAAAAUUAUUUCUUAAAACAUUGAGAAGGUUUCAUACAGAAUUUACAGAAAUGGAAGAUACGUGCCGUCUGUGUGGUAUUAAACUUGAUAUCGAAUAUUCCAAGUAUAUCUUUGAUAAGGCAACUAAUUUGGCGCAGAUAAUAAAUGAGACUUUACCAAUCAAGGUCUCGCAAGAUGAUCAUUCCAAGUCGAAACAUAUAUGUUUAGACUGUUACAAUAAAGUUAUCAGUCAUUAUGAGUUCGUUCAAAAUGUAUUGGCAUGCUCGAAGGAAAGCAAGACAAAAAUCAACUCUUUCUUCGAAGUCAAUAGAAAUGAGAAAUUGGAAAAUGUGGUAAUUUCUAAACUGCAGAGUGAUAUGAUAUGCACCUGUCCAAAUUGCAACAAAGAUUUAAUACUCUUGUUAAAGAACAAUUCUGAAGAUAGUAAUUAUGCAUUUGACAUUUUAUUGGCUGUUGUGGAUCAAAUAGAAAAAGUAGAAUCAGUAGAAGAAAAUAGUCAAAUAUUUGAAGACACAAUGGAGUUUGUUAACGUCUCUGCACAGAACUCAAGUACAGAUAGUAAAUUACGUGGAUUGUCAUUGAAUCAUAACAUCGUCGAAGAGGAUGUGACAAAUGAUAACAAGCAAGAUAUCAAUGGGAUACAUAGAAGCUCGAAAAGUGAUACUAGCCAUACAAAUCUUAACAUUACAUUGCAAAAAAUUGAUGUACCAUGUGAACCGAGUAAAGGUACAAAGAGAAAGUAUCAAGUAGGCGUUUCUACUGAAACAUCUAUUAAUCCUACUAAGUUGCAAAAACUACAAGCAAGAUUAGAUGCAAUAAAACAAGAUGUCGAUGAAUUGAACGGUGAUCACGACAGAUUAAAUGUAACUAGCUUGUUGACAUUCCAGUCAGUAAACAAUGACGUCAUAUGUCUCAAUGAAGAAAUAGAAAAUAAAGAGGAAAAUUGUACAGAAUAUACGAUGAGAGAAAAGCACUUCGAUGAGAAUCUUACUGAAUCGGAAACAUUAAAAACAAAAUUAGAUCCAACGGAACAAGAUGAAUUGACCAGUGAUUAUGAUAGGUCAAGUUUAGCUGGCUUGAUAACAUUCCAGCCAGAAAGCAAUGACACGGAAUGUUUCAGUUGUGAUGCAGAAACUCAAGAAGAUAGUACAACAGACGUGACGAAAACGGAAAAAGCGUGCAUCAACAAAGAUGAGGCAAAUGACAUCGACAUUCCAAAAAGUCAUCUAAAACACAUGUGCAAUUUAUGUGGAGUUCGUUAUAAUUCACAAUUAAAGUACAAGUUUCACAUGGACAGACACAAGUUCAACAAAAUAAAUAAAUAUGUUUGUUUAAUAUGCUCCAAAGAAACUAAAAAUGAAAACUUGUUGUGGGAGCACUAUAUCCACAUGCACAAGAACCCAGAGCGGUACACUUGCUUAAACUGCAACAGAACAUUCACGAACAAACCAAAUUUGGACGAGCAUCAGAGAAAAUACAGACACGUUGGUUACAGACAAUUGGUAGUAAAUGCUGAAACGGAUGAGGAUAACAAUCAGACGCAGAAGGUUACAAAACAGAAGCGAAAAUGCACCGUCUGCAGAAAAUUGAUAAGAGAUAUAGAUCCUAAUGCUAUUAACGAUCCAGCAAUGUGCGCCUCCUGCGAAGACGCCAGUGCAUAUGUGAUGGUCGACGGGGAAGGGGCGAAAGUGAUAUCACAGCGACGGUAUCACUGUCAAAAAUGUCGCAAGCACUUUAUGCGCCAGGACAGACUCGAGUUCCACGAGAUGCGACAUAACGAGAACACGGACGAGUUUAUCUGCAGCACGUGCGGUAAGGAUUUCAGCGGGGAAAAUGCUUUGUACGAGCAUUAUAUCUUCGUGCAUAAAGGGAUUAGACCGCAUGUUUGCGAGGUUUGCGGCAAGUCGUUUCAAUUGAAGGCGCGACUGAAGGAACACCUUCGGAAACACACGGGUGAGAAGCCUUAUCAAUGUGAGAGGUGCGGCCUGCGCUGCAUGACUACGCACGCACUGAAAUUCCACAUGAAGUCUCAUGUCUCCACUCGCCACACUUGCGAGAUAUGUGGCAAAGCGUUCAUCAAGAAGCAGAAUUGGAAUGAACAUCUGGAGAAGCACUGGAAGAAAGAUAAGAACAUAGCACUCUCGCGAAUAUUCACGUGUCCCGUGUGCAGCUGCGAGUUACCGACCUUCCGCAUGCUGAAGCAUCACGUGAUUGGAAGCCAUCAACUCGACCGUCAAGACCCCUUAGUAAUGAAACAAAAACCAUUGUACGAAUGUAACGAGUGUCAGGAGAAGUUCAAACAUCAAAUGUCGCUCAAGGCGCACAAGGAGAAGGUGCACGAGGGCAAAACUGUCCCUCGUGUAUUUCAGUGCGAUUUAUGUAAAGCCGUAUACAAAGUUAAACAGAUGCUAAUAAAUCACAUUAAGAGCAAGCACGAGGAAAAACAGUACAAAUGUGCGAAAUGCGAUAGGAUAUUCACGGAUAUGAAAACCCUGUACAGUCACAUUUCACUAUACCAUAAUACGAAACAGUUCAUCCGCAACGUGAACUUCAGACGAAGGGAUACCGGAGAUGCUCAGCGCCGUGAAGAAACGAACAAUCAGCCUUACCAGUGCACAGAUUGCAACAAAUCGUUCGGUAGCUAUACCGGUCGCUCAAACCAUCGCAGGAAGAUACACGGGGACAACCAAACUAAGUGUUUGGAAUGCGGAAAGAAAUAUGGCGAUCUGCAAAUCAGAAUUCACCUGAACGAUCAUCUCGGCGAACAAUUGAGACAAUGUAAAUUAGAAUCCACGUAAUGUUGCAGAAGUAAUGCAGUUAACGUGUAUGAGAUACAAAAAUAAUUCUGAAAUAAUAUAAUAUAAAAUAAUA